AUGUUGAAGGUUCUAUCAUACUCUUCUCGAUUCCAGAAUGUUCUCGCAUCUCAUUCCCGGUCACCCACCAUAGCUCGGACCUGUGCUGAGUCAACUACGCCAUUGCUCCGAGUUAUCGACUCGCUUCGCAGUUCCAAUUACCCUAAACCGUUUGUAUUCCGUGCUCAUUUCUGCUCCGAUUCUUCAUCCUCUGAUGGGUCUGACUCGGUUGGUGAUGCCGGAGUUGCUGCUAAAGCUGCUGCUGCUGAAGCCGAGGAUGCCGAUUCCGUUUCGCCGAAUGCGAUUCUCCCCAGUGUGUUUCGCCCCGACGAGUGCUUCACGGUUUUAGCAUUACCACUUCCUCAUCGUCCACUAUUUCCUGGGUUCUACAUGCCAGUCAAUGUAAAGGAUCCCAAAUUGUUAGCAGCUCUGGCAGAAAGUCAAAGAAGGCAAGCUCCGUAUGCUGGUGCCUUUCUUAUCAAAGAUGAGCCAGAUUCUGACGAGAAGAACAUUUAUGAUCUUAAAGGACAAGAACUUCUAAAUAGGCUGCAUGAAGUUGGGACAUUGGCUCAGAUUUCAAGCAUCCAGGGAGAACAAGUUAUUCUUAUUGGUCAUCGCAGACUUCGAAUAACAGAGAUGGUGAAUGAAUAUCCUCUAACUGUCAAAGUUGAUCAUCUUAAGGAUUUACCUUAUGAGAAAGACGAUGAUGUCAUUAAAGCAACAUCAUUUGAGGUCAUAUCUACUAUAAGGGAUGUCUUGCAAAGAAGUUCACUCUGGAGGGAUCAUGUCCAAACAUACACAAAGCAUAUUGGUGAUUUCACCUAUCCUAGGCUAGCAGAUUUUGGAGCAGCUAUAUCUGGGGCAAACAAGUUUCAAUUACAGCAAGUACUCGAAGAGCUAGAUGUGCUCAAGCGCUUACAACUAACCUUGGAAUUGAUGAAGAAAGAAGUGGAAAUUAGUAAGAUUCAGGAAACCAUAGCGAAAGCUAUUGAAGAGAAAAUCAGUGGUGAGCAACGGCGCUAUCUUCUGAAUGAGCAACUCAAGGCCAUAAAAAAGGAGUUGGGACUUGAAACAGAUGACAAAACAGCACUCUCUGCAAAGUUCAGGGAAAGGAUUGAAUCAAGUAAAGAUAAUAUUCCACAACAUGUUAUGCAAGUUAUAGAAGAAGAACUUACAAAGCUCCAACUGCUGGAGGCCAGCUCAAGUGAAUUCAAUGUUACUCGCAAUUAUCUUGAUUGGUUGACGGCAUUGCCUUGGGGAAAUUACAGUGAUGAAAAUUUUGAUGUUAGUCAAGCACAGAAGAUACUAGACGAAGAUCACUAUGGCUUGUCUGAUGUCAAGGAGAGGAUAUUGGAAUUUAUUGCUGUUGGAAAGUUGCGGGGAACAGCUCAAGGGAAAAUUGUAUGCCUAUCUGGCCCACCCGGAGUGGGGAAAACUAGUAUUGGUCGUUCCAUAGCACGUGCCUUGAAUCGCAAGUUUUAUCGAUUUUCAGUUGGAGGACUAUCCGACGUUGCGGAGAUUAAGGGUCAUCGUCGGACUUAUAUUGGAGCUAUGCCUGGAAAGAUGGUGCAGUGCUUAAAAAGUGUAGGAACAGCUAAUCCUCUUGUGUUAAUCGAUGAAAUUGACAAGUUGGGUAGAGGAAAUACUGGUGAUCCAGCAAGUGCUAUGUUGGAGCUUCUUGAUCCUGAACAAAAUGCAAAUUUUCUGGAUCACUACCUUGAUGUUCCAAUUGAUUUGUCAAAGGUUUUGUUUGUCUGCACAGCUAAUGUGAUCGAAAAUAUUCCUGCCCCUCUUUUGGACCGAAUGGAAGUAAUUUCGAUUGCAGGUUAUAUUACUGAUGAGAAAUUGCGCAUUGCACGUGACUAUUUGGAAAAGACCACCCGUGAAGCAUGUGGCAUCAAGCCUGAACAGGUUGAGCUCACUGAUCUAGCCCUUCUUUCUCUGAUUGAGAAUUACUGUAGGGAAGCUGGGGUCCGCAACCUUCAGAAACAAAUUGAAAAAAUAUACCGCAAGAUUGCUUUACAACUUGUGAGGCUAGGAGCUUCAAACGAAUCCUCAGCACUUGCUUCUGAUGCUUCUAAAGCUGAUUGUAUUGCUGACUCAAGUGAAACUACAGUUCAGGAAGAAAACCAAAGUAAAGCUGAAACAGAAGCGAGAAGCCAUGAGGAUAAGUCUGAUGAGAGCAGCUCAGAUAAUGUAGAUUUUGAACAGGAGCACCCCCAAAGAUGUAGUGAAUUACUUGAUGGCUCAAAGGAUACAACUGAAAUUGAUAAAGCCGAGGAACCGGAGGAGAUAGAGAAAGUGUUGGUCGAUCAAGCAAACCUUUCUGAUUUUGUUGGGAAACCUGUAUUUCAUGCAGAGCGAAUCUAUGAUCAGACCCCUGUUGGAGUGGUGAUGGGUCUAGCCUGGACUGCAAUGGGAGGAUCAACUCUCUACGUAGAGACAACCCAUGUUGAGCAAGGAGAAGGAAAAGGGGCUCUUAAUCUGACUGGACAACUUGGGGAUGUCAUGAAGGAAAGUGCACAAAUUGCCCUCACAGUUGCCCGGGCAAUACUGCUGGAGAAGGAGUUAAAUAGAAACUUCUUUGCUGAUUCCAAGGUUCAUCUCCAUGUUCCCGCUGGCGCCACACCCAAGGAUGGACCCAGUGCUGGGUGCACUAUGAUUACUUCACUGCUCUCUCUCGCGAUGAAGAAACCUGUUAAAAAGGACUUGGCAAUGACUGGGGAGGUAACACUUACUGGGAAGAUUCUUCCAAUUGGCGGGGUAAAGGAGAAGACCAUAGCAGCUAAGAGAAGUGGCGUGAAGACCAUAAUCUUUCCUGCUGCCAACAGAAGAGACUUUGAUGAGCUUUCCUUGAAUGUGAAAGAAGGCCUAGACGUCCACUUUGUUGAGGAUUACCGCGAAAUAUAUGAUUUGGCAUUUAGUGAGGAUUAAGAAGUUUUCAGUCUCAACCUCAAGCUACCUUGAUCUGAUUGUUGAGGAUGAUUUAUAAUUCCACUUUCAAAAGUUUUCAGUUGCAGCCGAAGGGGGAAAGAAAGAUGGAAAGGGGGAUGACAAAUUUCUUGUCCCUGGAUCUAGGGAUUUUCAACUCUUUGUUCUAGUAACAAUUUUCGUUAGCAUUUCGAUACUACUACAGCUCAAGGGAUAGUCAUCAUUCUUUUAUAACAGUAUACUGUAGAAUCUGUAGAAUAUAAUUUUUUGUCAGAAGUUCAAGGGAAGAGUUCAAAUGAACAACAGGUUUCCCAUUCAUUUAAUAUGAUUAGCUUGACAUUCUAUAUUUAACUCUGUAAAGUGCUUGGGGUUACCUUCAUGGUGAAUGGAUUUUGUUGCGUCUUCGGUUUC